AUGGCAACCGAAGAAAAUGACAAAAUCGAAGUUGAUAUGAGUGCUGAGAACAAUAUUACCGGUAUCAACAGUGAUAAUGUGGUCGAAAGCGAACAACAAAGUCAGUCUUAUUCAUCGAAACAGCAUGCGGAGAUGCUGUUGAAGUUAAGAAGGGAGAAAAGAACCCGUAAAACGAAGGUAACUAAGCUUAAACAUCAAUUACAAAAAAUAUGCAGUGUAAAGGACGGAAAUAUAGACACUGCUCAAAUCGAAAAAUCGUAAGUGAAUUGUGGGAAAUUUUAGAGGAAACACAGCUUGUAAUGGACGAAAUGAGUAGCUUGUAUUUACAGAUGAAUGAUAUGAAACUGCACAAGGAAAUUAUGCAAGAAUCAGAUAGCUUAGAGCUAGAAAUACAGCAGAUUAUAGACAGUGCACAGAAGAUGUUAGUUGCCUCACCCCAAGUAUUAGGAAAAGACAACCCAGUCGACACCGAACCAGUUUUGCUCACAGGGAGAAAUGAUUUAUCGACCGAAUCGAAUAACAAUUUGCAAACAGAAGUACAGACCCCUAGUCACCAGGACCCAACCCCUAGUUCCCAAACCCCAAUUCCACCUGGUACCCAGACUACGACCCUUCCUUAUCAGAGCCCUAGUUUCCAAACCCCAAUUCCACCUGGUACCCAGACUACGACCCUUCCAUAUCAGAGCCCUAGUUCCCAAACUUCAAUUCCACCUGGUACCCAGACUACGACCCUUCCAUAUCAGAGCCCUAGUUACCAAACCCCAUUUCCACCUGGUACCCAGACUACGAUCCUUCCUUAUCAGAGCCCUAGUUCCCAAACCCCAAUUCCACCUGGUACCCAGACUACGACCCUUCCAUAUCAGAGCCCUAGUUCCCAAACUUCAAUUCCACCUGGUACCCAGACUACGACCCUUCCAUAUCAGAGCCCUAGUUACCAGACCCCAAUUCCACCUGGUACCCAGACUACGACCCUUCCUUAUCAGAGCCCUGGUUACCACCCCCCAAUUCCACCUGGCACCCAGACUACGACCCUUCCUUACCCAAUUUCACCCCAAAUGCAAGGGGGUAAUUCAGCAAUUAAUCGUCACCUUAAAGCUUUGCGCGUUCCUGUUUUUGAUGGUACCAAGGCCAAAUUUGAAGAAUUUUGGAGCCUGUUUCUGAGUUUAGUAGAUGCUUCAAAUGAACCCAUCAAUCUCAAAAUGGUAAGAUUAUAGCAAAUUUAACCGGCCGAGCCCAUGAUGCAAUUCGAGGUCUAGGGGUAUAGAACCUGAAUACACAGAAGCGAAAGAAAUUCUUAAGACAAAGUUUGGUGGGCAACGUCGGCAACUAAGAGCUUACAUGGAUGAGUUAGACAGUAUACCAGCACUGCGUUAUAAUGAUGUGGACAAUUUUGAAAGGUUUGCUGAUUUAGUGAGAGUGGCGGUUGUGAAGCUGAAAGCAGAAAACCGACAAGCAGAGCUUGGAGAGGGAACAUUGCACAAUCAACUCGUACGGAAGUUACAUGAUCGACAUUUAGAGUGUUACAGUCGUCGGUUAAACGUUCAUAACAAAGAACCAGCAGUUACUAGUUUGUGUGACUGGUUAAAAGAAGAAGUGGUAAUCAAGAUUGAAGCGAAAGAAAUGGCUCAUGGGUUGGAUGAGAAACUGUUACCUGAGCGACGACUCCCGAGAGGAAAAGCUGAUGAAGGUCGCCCAAGGUCAUACUUUACUGGAAAAGAAGUGGACGAUCGCUUUCAAAACCGUAUAGAAAAACGAGAAGAGAGAACCAAGCCCCCCUGCGUUUUCUGUGGUCAGGGUAACCAUGGGAUAUGGAAUUGCAACCAAUUUAAACAGAAAACAGUCGGAGAACGGUGGAAAGUUGCAAAAGAAAAGUAUCUGUGUUUUCGUUGUUUAUCCAAUGAGCAUCGUGGAAAGGAUUGUAGACGGACUCGCCCAUGUGAUGUUGAUGGAUGUCAGCUCACUCAUCACCGACUACUUCAUGACACCGCCCAAAGCAGGAAACCAGGUCCUGUACUUCCAGACGAGAGGGCGGAUCCUUCACGGGAGGGGGCAGAGAGUUUGACAAAUCUUACUAUGACAUCGAACCGGUCCAAAUUGCAACCAGAGGCAACCUCAUUGAGAACAGUUCCAGUUUGGGUAAAAGCUAAUGGAAAAAAGGUGAAAGUAAAUGCAGUGUUAGAUGAUUCCUCAAAUGAAUCUUUCAUGAAUGAAGAAGUUUCUGGCCUCCUUGGAUUGAGAACUACUUGGCAAACUGUACAA